GAAAAAUGAUGAAAAUUGAGUUAUCCUCUUCGUCCGCUUCAUGGAUCAACUGUGUACGCAUUUCGCAAGUGCUGAAGCGGAAGCGACGGGAAGUAAACAGCACGCAUUACACUGAGUUCGAGGCGCACUUCGGGCCGUGAAACGCAGCCGCAGUGUUCCCAGCGGUCCCUCGUCGUCGGCUUGGCCAAGGCGGACUUCCCGAAGGUAUUUCAACCAAGGAAUCAGUUCGCUAGAUAAGCCGGUUCCCCUUGUUUCCGGUCACUGUAAACGUCACGAUCCACCGUCAAAUGUGCUUACGACUUUAGGAUUUCUUUCUGGUCGUCCGGAUUAGCGUGAAGAAAAGUCGGCGAGGAACGUGAAGCAUUUCUGAUCUACGUUGGGCUAACUUGCAAAGAAUAGGACCCGAGUCGGUGUGCACCGUUACUCUCUGCAUUUUGAGGUCUUUGCCUGCACCUAAGCAGGCCCUCCCUGCCAGGCGCAUCAUGGCCCUUGAGAGUGCACAGUGCGGCGAGGUGGCGGCAGCGUCAGCGGCGCCGCGUGCUCCACGGGGAAAGCGUGGAGGGAAGCAGGCGCUCCACUGUGCAGUCUGCGAGAAGGAGUUCCGAUUCAAGAGUGUUCUCCAGGCGCACUUGCGGAUCCACACCGGGGAGAAGCCUUUCGAGUGCAUUUUCUGCGAGGAGAAGUUUGCUCAAAAGAGUCACCUAACAACGCACCUUCGCACCCACACCAAGGUGAAGCCGUUUGAGUGCGUAGUUUGCCAGAAGAAGUUCUCUCGAAGUUGGAGUCUAAAAUUGCACCUUCGGACCCACACCGGGGAGCAGCCUUUCGAGUGCACAGUUUGCAAGAAGAGUUUCAGGAAAAGUGGAGAUCUUAGAACGCACCUACGGACCCACACCGGAGAGAAGCCUUUCGAGUGCGCAGUUUGUCUGAAGAAGUUUUCAGUGAGUGGGAGUCUGAGAAGGCACCUGCGGAUCCACACAAAGGACAAGCCAUUCGAAUGCACAGUUUGCAUGAAGAGUUUCUCUGAGAGUGGGAGUCUGCGAGUGCACCUUCGGAUCCACACCGGGGAGCAGCCUUUCGAGUGCACAGUUUGCAAGAAGAGUUUCAGGACAAGUGGAGAUCUUAGAACGCACCUACGGACCCACACCGGAGAGAAGCCUUUCGAGUGCGCAGUUUGUCUGAAGAAGUUUUCAGUGAGUGGGAGUCUGAGAACGCACCUGCGGAUCCACACAAAGGACAAGCCAUUCGAAUGUACAGUUUGCAUGAAGAGUUUCUCUGAGAGUGGGAGUCUGCUAGUGCACCUUCGGAUCCACACCGGGGAGAGGCCUUUCGAGUGCACAGUUUGCAAGAAGAGUUUCAGGACAAGUGGAGAUCUUAGAAGGCACCUACGGACCCACACCGGGGAGAAGCCUUACGAGUGCACCGUUUGCAAGAAGAAGUUCACUCAAAGUGGAGGUCUGAAAAUGCACCUUCGCACCCACACUGAGGAGAAGCCUUACAAGUGCACCGUUUGUAAGAAGAGUUUCAGUGAAUCCGGAAACCUCAGAAGGCAUCUCAGAACCCACACCAGGUAGAAGCCUUUCGAGUUCUCAGUUAGUAAGAAAAAGUGCAGCACGAGCAGCAACCACAAACAGCGCAUCCGGACAAACCAAGGAGGAACUAUCUGAAUUAGGACAAGUGUGGUUGCGGUGUAUUGGUUUUUGUUUUGUUCAGUACACGUACAAAUCCCCUUUUAGGACGCUUUCUGAAUUCGUGCCCAUCCAAGGGCUCCCAAGUGUAAGAAACGUUCCCUCCUUAACUAAAAAAUAACAGUUGUUGAAUCAAUAGGGUUGAUUGCAAAACGAGGGCCUCCAUUAAAUACUGCCAAUCAUUAGUUGUUUUGUUUUUUCAUAACUGUUUUGAAUUUUUCUGUGUAAAGCAGAUAAGUCUUUUAAUAGAAAAAGAGGAAUAUUGUCAAAAGACUAGAAAUAAUACACAUCUAUGUAGACCAGUUCAGAGCAAAGGCUACGAAAUAAAUUGACUUGCUCCUUAACUUCUACACUACAAGAUCAAAUGUGUGCUAAGUACACAGCUGUGGGAGCGUACUUGCAA